UUUUAAUCACUUAACCUAUAUCCUGGCUGCUGGUGCUGUUACUUUGGGAAUUGGUUUCUUUGCUUUGGCAUCAGCUUUGUGGUUCCUGAUUUGCAAACGAAGAGAAAUAUUUCAAAAUUCCAAAUUUAAACCAACUGAUGAGAGAUGCAUGCAAAGACCAUCAAAGGCGGAGAUUAAAUCUCAUUCUCAGUGUGUUUUUAUUUCUCGAAAUUUUCAUACUGGAAGAUUCCAAUUACAGGAGGAGCAAAGAAAAAAGAAAACAGCACAUAUAAAAGCAAUUAAAGAUCACUCUAAAGAUGAAUUCUGCCUUGCAACAAAAAAGGUCGUUUGUGACCCUUCAGAGACUAGCUCAGCAAUAAACCCCAACAGUGUUACCUUAAGCUUAUCAACAAUACCAUCUGAUUCUUGCUACAGCCAAAGUAUAGAAGCAGCUGAUGGCUGGUUUUCUGAUGAUUCCUUAGUGAAAACGAGCUCUCCAAUGCCUUUUCUCAGCGAACCUCUAAUUGAAAAAGUAUUUUCAUACCUGUCAACCAUCCCAUUAGAAGAAUGUACUGAAAAUGUACUGAAUAUGACACUUAAAGAUGAUCAAACAGAUGACAGCCUUAAGGAAAUAUUUUCAUGAAGAAAUAAAGAGGUUGAAAUACAAAACCUUCA